AUGGCCGCCAGCGGGAACUCUAUCAGAACAGCCGUUGAUUUAGACAACUUAAUUAAAGAAUAUACGUAUUUUGAAAAGGUAAUGAGACACACUGCACAGGAAAACAGCUGCCUAGAGAAGGAGAUACUAUUCCUUAAUAAGCAGCUUCAGUCCAGCCAGGAGGCUGAAAAGUUGUCCAUAGAAGAAGCUGGAAAGUUCAAGGCCAUGGUAGACAAUCUUCAGAGGAUCCUUUUACAAAGAUGUGACAAAGAAGAGGAGAACGCGGAACUAAAGUCACACUUGACUGCAGUUACAGAAAAAACAGCCCGUCUUGAACAGGAACACAAAACUGAACUUUCUGAAGCACUUAAGAAUCAUAAGCAAGAGAUUCAGAGGGUUAGACAAGAGGAACUUCAACAAAAUAGGAAGGUAAUCACAACACUGGAGAAGUCCCUACAAGGAAAGGAAAGUCAAAUACAGCAACUCGAGAAGCAGCUGGCUGAUAUGAGUCACUUGCACCAAACAGAAAUAGUCAAGCUUCGCUUAGAGUUUGACGAAAAAAUAUUAAAACUGCAACGUGAAAGAAAUAAUGCCAAAGCUCAGGCUGGCCAAUCGUUUAACGCCAACACCGACAUUUUCCGAAAGAAACUUCAGUUUGCCAAAGCCGAGGCACAAAAAGAAAUAAACUCCUUGAAAAGUCAAGUCGCCGAGCUGGAAAGAAAGUUAACGAUGCGCCAGAUGCCAGCCUCUAAAAGAAAAUUGUUCUGACAUAUGGAGCAUACGCCGGUGAUAUCUGCAACCGUUCCGAUCAUCGACUAGGUUAUUUUGAUAACUG